AUGCUGGUAAUCAUUAGCAUCUAUCUGAUGUUGUUUUUUAAAUUUUAUGAUCUAUGUCCACUUGAAUAUUAUGUUAUUGAUGCUCACCAUUCCUAUUGUUCGCAAUCAUAUCCCGGUGUUAUUGAUGAGAAAAUUACUGUAUUAGAACGUAAAAGUAUUCUCGAAAUGCAUAAUCAUGAACGACGUCUUGUUUAUGGAAAAAAUAUGCAAAAAAUGUAUUGGAAUGAUGAUCUAGCUGAAAUUGCUCAACGCUACGCUCGCACAUGUAUAUUUGAUCACGAUCGAGCCAGUCAACGAAGUGUACCAAAAAUUCCAUUAUCAACCGGACAAAAUUUAGCUAUGGGUUAUGAAAAUUGGACGCAAGCUAUUCAAGGAUGGAUUUCUGAGAAACAGGAUUAUUUUUAUGAUUAUCCAUCAAGUGGAAUAGUUAGCCACUAUACACAGAUCAUAUGGCAUUCAACGGCAUUAGUUGGUUGUGCAGCUACAAUGUGUCCUCCGUACGGAUCAUACACAAUUCCUUGGCCUUUUUAUGUUUGUAAUUAUAUCACUGGACAAUUGAAUAGCAAUUUUUACAAACCUUACGAACAAGGUGUUGAUAACCAAUUAUUACGUGAUUGUCACGGGAAGGUAUGUCUAUACAAUGGUACUCUUGAUUUGAACACAUGUGAAUGCCAAUGUUCAACAUAUGCCAGUGGUUCACAAUGUGAACGAUUAAAUUGUUCAAUAUUACCUCCGUGUCCAUAUUAUUCAUCAGCAUCAUGUAAGGCUGUUAAUGUUCCAUUAGAAUGUCCCGAACUUUGCGGUUUAUGUAAUCGAUAUGAAGUAUUAAAAAGUGUCUAUGGAGAAAAUAAUCUAACCCCUAUUACUGUAAGAACUAAAUCUACGAAAAUACCUCCACGCUUUAGUUCUACUACGAAGCAGCCAAGUGGUCGAAAAUUAAAAAAGAAAUUACGAAAUCGAAAUUUCAAUAGAAAUCUCACUACUGAUAUAGAUCUGUUUUCUGCUAGUACUCGAAUUAUUUCAACGAAAAUUUUCAAUACGAUUAUCAUCUUAUUAACAAUUUCUUCAAAACAAGCAAUCGUCUUUUAUUGUUAA